AUGGACAACAUGUUGGGAGAAAUCAAAAAAGUGAUGAUGGAAAGUAUGUAUGCAUCGUAUUUCCCUCAAGUAGAGGAAAUGGUAUUGAAAAGGUGGGAGAAAAUGAACAUCCCAUUGCAUUGUUUGGGAUUUGCUUUAAGUCCCCGAUUUUACGAUACACAUUAUCUUGAUAAGCUAGCACCGGGUGGAAUACGAAGAAAAGCACCAAACCCUGAUAAAGAAGUUAUACAAGGUGUAAUGCAAGCUUUUACUCGCAUUGCAGAAAAUAGAGAUGUAGAACGAUUAUUACGAGAACAAUUUGCUACUUUUCACAUGAAGAUGGGUCUUUAUGCAUUACCUUCAGCGCAAAUAGAUGUGGUUACAAUGGAAACAAUUGAUUGGUGGUCAACUUAUGGUGCAGAUACACCGAAUUUAGUUGUACUAGCAAAAAAAAUAUUGUCACAACCCAUAAGUAGUUCUUCAGCCGAAAGAAAUUGGAGCAUGUAUUCCUAUAUUCAUAGUGUGAAGAGAAAUCAGCUUAACUGUGCAAGGGCUGACAAACUUGAUUUUGUUCAUUCAAAUAUCCGUUUGACUUCAAGAUUAUCUGAAGCUUAUAAAGAGGGACCAUACAAGAAAUGCAAUAUGAAUCCCGAAUCAACAUACUUGGAAGGCUCAACUUCAUUGCUAGAAGAUAUGGAUUGGGAAGAACUGGAGGAGGAUGAAGACAAAGAUAGUGGAAAAGGAAAAAAACAAAGGGUGAACUAA